AUGAGUGCGGUAGCCGGCACCAACGUGAGAAUCGACUCGAACACAUAUACUGCCAUAGACAGUGAUGAGAAUUCGAGUCUUCUCAGCGAACACAACAUCAGUGGCAAUGAUGGUGACGAGGAUAACCCAAGCCUGGAUUCUGUCGUCCAGCCCGGUGUGCAGAGCAUCGAAGCUGUGACGCUGGCAUGGACCACCAAAACCCUUGUCUUCGCCUAUCUCAUGAUAUGGCUCAUUUACUUCGUCGCGGGCAUGUUGUCCAGUACAUCUGUUAUUUUGACUCCCUACGUCACGUCCGCCUUUGCUAAACACUCUCUCACACCAGCAGUGGGCAUCUUAAGCAGCAUCAUCGGCGGCGUCACCAACCUCACUCUCGCCAAGGUUCUUGAUGUCUUUGGCCGCCCACAGGGCUAUAUUUUCUGUGUCGUUCUUUCAACGAUCGGACUCGCUAUGAUGACGACUUGUAGCAGCGUGCAAGCUUACGCUGCCGCCUGGGUGUUUCAGACGGUCGGGAACAAUGGUGUCCUGUAUAGUCUGACUGUCUUUGUGGCCGACACUUCCUCCUUGCGCAAUCGGGGUCUAAUGCAGGCCAUUGUGAGCUCUCCUAACCUGAUUACAUGCUGGUUGGCUGGACCUAUCUCUUCUGGCUUCUUGAAUGGACCCGGUUGGCGCUGGGCGUUUGGCAUGUUUACCAUUCUCGUGCCCUCUUUUACGCUCCCGCUCUUUGGUCUCAUGUGGAAGAAUUAUCAAAAGGCUAAGAAGCUCGGGCUCAUUGUCAAGAGCAAUGUUGAAGCUGAUCGCACUGCCUUGCAGUCUUUUCUCUCCUACUCCACGCAAUUUGAUGCGGUUGGCCUCAUCCUGCUCUCAGCCGGUGUUGCCAUCUUCCUCUUGCCUUUCAAUCUAUACUCUCUUCAGGACUGGAACUCGAUUCUUGUUGUCGGAAUGCUGACAUUGGGUGCCCUUCUCAUCACUGCAUUUGUUGUUUGGGAAAAGGGCUAUGCAACUAUUACAUUCAUGCCGUUCUCGCUCCUGCUUGACCGCACAGUUUUCGGUGCUUGCGUUCUAGCUGCUACGCUCUACGUUAGCUUCUCCUGCUGGAACAGCUUCUUCGGCUCGUACUUACAAGUCGUGAAUGACCUCACCGUCGAAACCACAAGCUACGUCGUGCAGACCUACACCGCCUGCUCAGUCUUGUGUGCCAUCAUUGUUGGUGCUCUGAUCCAUUAUUCCGGACGCUUUAAACCUUUGUGUCUUUAUGUCGGAAUCCCGCUUAGCAUUCUGGGUUCGGGCCUGAUGAUGUACUUUUGCAAGGUCGAGAGCAGCGUGGGCUACAUCAUAAUGUGUCAGAUCCUAAUUUCCGUCGCUGCCGGCACUAUCAUGGUCUGCGACGAAGUGGCAAUUCUCGCGGCCGCUUCACAUCAACAUGUCGCCGUGUGCUUGGCUGUCCUGGGCUUGUUUGGGAAUAUCGGCGGCGCGGUUGGUUUGACGUUUGCCUCUGCAAUCUGGCAAGACGUCUUUCCGAAGAAGCUUUUGGACUAUCUUCCCGUUGAAGAAGUCCCAAACUUAGACAAGAUUUAUGCAAACCUUUCCACUCAGUUGUCAUACCCGGUAGGGUCGCAAACGCGUCUCGCGAUUCAACAUGCGUACCGAGAUGCUCAGGCGACAAUGUUGGCUGUGGGUACUGCUGUUUGGGUUGUUGGGUUCGUGGGAGUCUUCAUUUGGCGUGACAUUAAUGUCAUUGGUAUAAAGCAAAACAAGGGGCACGUGUGGUAG